CCUGCCCUGCCACUUUGGGACAGCGACCUCACCUCAAAAGGUUUGACGAGCGGUCUCUCUACAUAUCUCCCUCUACUCGACCUCCAAUCCUCAACUGCCCAUACUCUCCUUUCGGCAUCCUCGUCCCUCUUUCACAAUCACCAGCAACUCUUCGCUCUCUUGAAAGUUGCUUGCCUCGAACCUCCUAUCACCACACACACCUACACGCUCUCCAAGCCCUCAACUCCCAGCUUUUCGACGACACUUCCUCGCUCCUCCCAGCCCAGCCCGUCGCCCAACCCCAUUCCAAUCGCCAGCACCAGCACGUUUUCUUUCGCAGCCCCCGCUGUAUAUAACGUGGAAAAGAAUCGAAGAUUAUUCAAUCUGCAAAUUAGCAGCAGUUCACUUGCGCCUCGGAACGUGACGAGCUUCUGUGCCUUUUUGAACAGCUCAUAAAGUUAGGAGAUAUGUCUGCCUCACCUACUAUUGCCGCGUCCUCGACAAAGCGGCCCUUGGAGGAGCCCUCCUCCCCUGCCGGACCCAACGAUCAGCCUGAUGCCAAGCGCCCUGCCCUUGAUAAGGCAGUCAAAGACGACUCUUUGACAGCUGAAGAUAUUAACAUUGCCGAGCCAGUCAAAGGCGAUGGUAUUGCUGCCGAAGAUAUCAAGUCUGAGGACACCAUUGCUGAGGCAGAUGCGGAGGUUGACAGUGCUGCACAGAAUGGUACCGAGGCCACACAGCACUCUGAUACAGUUGUCCCUGAUGCUCCAGCUGCCAUUGCCAUUCUAGACACACAGCCUAUCCAGUCCACCUCUAGCGCCAAUGGUCGCCCCGGAUCGAACAGCACCCAUGAAAAUGAGACCAACUGGCUUCACCUGAGGGCUUGUAUCAGCACCCAAGAGGCAGCCACGAUCAUCGGAAAGGGCGGCGAGAACGUAACCCAGAUUCGCCGCCUUUCUGGAGCUAAAUGCACCGUUAGUGACUACUCUCGCGGUGCUGUCGAGCGCAUUCUGACUGUGAGCGGUCCGGUCGAUGCGGUCUCAAAGGCAUUUGGUCUCAUUGUCCGCACCUUGAACCAGGAAGAUCUCGAGUCACCUUCUACUUCUGCGUCCAAAGCCUACCCAAUGCGCCUUCUCAUCCCACACAUUCUCAUCGGCUCUAUCAUUGGCAAGGGUGGUGUUCGCAUCCGCGAGAUCCAAGAAGCCUCAAACGCUAAGCUCAAUGCGUCGGACACGAUGUUGCCCAAUUCGGGCGAACGCUCACUUGUCGUUCUGGGUGUCGCCGAUGCAAUCCACAUUGCUGUUUAUUAUGUUGCUCAGACAUUGGUGGAGCAGUUGAGUGAGCGCUUUGGCGGUCCUGCUGCUUCGCAGUAUGCGACACGUACUGGUGGUGCUGCGAACGUUGUCCCAGGUGGAAUGUCGGUCCAGCCUUACGUCCCCCAACCUGCUGGUGGACAAUACCAGCAGCCUGCCAACUUCCGCCGCCACGAGCAGCAUGCUCAGCGUACUCCGUCAAACUCUGGGUAUGGCAUGCCAUAUGGGCAGCAUCCUCACCAACAGCCUGCCCAGCCUGCAAUGCCUUAUGGAGCUGGCUCACCAAGUCGCGGACCAUAUGGCGCUGCCAUGCCACAACAGGCCGGUCCCUAUGGUGGUCACCAUGCCGGUGCGCCAGUUGCUCAUGCAGCUCCUAAUCAGCCUGUGCAGAUGCCCGGCCAGCCUCUAACCCAGCAGAUCUACAUUCCCAAUGACAUGGUCGGCGCCAUCAUUGGCAAAGGUGGUGCUAAGAUCAAUGAGAUUCGUCAACUUAGUGGCAGUGUCAUCAAGAUCAAUGAGCCCACUGACAACAGCAACGAGCGUCUUGUCACCAUUACAGGCACACAAGAGUGCAACCAGAUGGCAUUGUACAUGCUGUAUUCUCGACUCGAGUCGGAGAAGCAUCGAAUUUAGAUGGACACCAUCGGUACCCAUCGGCACAGAUGAAUAGUGCCUCAUCGCUCUCUUGAAGAGAUACGGCAGCAAUAGCAUUUUGAGCACGGCGUACACGGUAUGGUUUAUAUCACUCAAGGUCUGUAUUUUAUAUUGUCUACUUAAUUCUGCCUCCUGGUUCUAUGAGGACAUGCAAAGGGCAAUGGUUUGAGUUGGCUAAGGGUUCGGGAUCUUUUCACGACUGGCAUGAUGCUCCUCGCUCGGAUUUUCUUACACGUCCACUGACGAUGGAGGAUCACAAGGAAUGGAUAGCACCUAGUUUCUACCUCGGUAAACUCUGUCUAAAGGGUUGUUAACAAGAUCUCAUUAAGCUUACCUU